CCCACCUUCCGCUGCCGCCUGGAGGGAAGCCGGAGCGACGGGGGUCACGGCGGCGGUCAGAGGGUAAAGGUCUUGCUCCCAGCAGCCUCCGCGGUGGAUACGUCGCCAUCUUGGAUCCGCGGGACAAGAAAAUUCAUGCGAGGGAGACGUGGUGGGCGGUCCUUCCUGUGACACGACCCUUGAGUGACAGUUCUAUUUGAUUGCCUCCGGUACUGUGAGGAAAGGACACGACUCUAUGGUGAGGACUGAUGGACAUACAUUAUCUGAGAAAAGAAACUACCAGAGCGGAAGAAUCCCAUCGUUUAUCAUGUUCUGGUUGGACUUUCUUACUGUUUGCUGGAGUUGAACUUCAGAGCUAUGGCGUCAACCCUGCUGUAAUAUCUCAGGGGAGCUCCUAGGGUGGGGCUGGUGCCAUGGCUCACCCUCCAACCUUUCCUUCUUCACUUCAGCCUCCAGCUCUGAGCUUUCCAAUCCCCAGAGUAGCAAAUGUUGAAAGAAGUUGCACAGGUGACAAACAGCAUGUUUGGUGCUUCAAGAAAGAAGUUUGUAGAGGGGGUCGACAGUGACUACCAUGACGAAAACAUGUACUACAGCCAGUCUUCUAUGUUUCCACAUCGGUCAGAAAAAGAUAUGCUGGCAUCACCAUCUACAUCAGGUCAGCUGUCUCAGUUUGGGGCAAGUUUAUACGGGCAACAAAGUGCACUAGGCCUUCCAAUGAGGGGGAUGAGCAACAAUACCCCUCAGUUAAAUCGCAGCUUAUCACAAGGCACUCAGUUACCGAGCCACGUCACGCCAACAACAGGGGUACCAACAAUGUCACUUCACACGCCUCCAUCUCCAAGCAGGGGUAUUUUGCCUAUGAAUCCUAGGAAUAUGAUGAACCACUCCCAGGUUGGUCAGGGCAUUGGAAUUCCUAGCAGGACAAAUAGCAUGAGCAGUUCAGGGUUAGGUAGCCCCAACAGAAGCUCGCCAAGCAUAAUAUGUAUGCCAAAGCAGCAGCCUUCUCGACAGCCUUUUACUGUGAACAGUAUGUCUGGAUUUGGAAUGAACAGGAAUCAGGCAUUUGGAAUGAAUAACUCCUUAUCAAGUAACAUUUUUAAUGGAACAGACGGAAGUGAAAAUGUGACAGGAUUGGACCUUUCAGAUUUCCCAGCAUUAGCAGACCGAAACAGGAGGGAAGGAAGUGGUAACCCAACUCCAUUAAUAAACCCCUUGGCUGGAAGAGCUCCUUAUGUUGGAAUGGUAACAAAACCAGCAAAUGAACAAUCCCAGGACUUCUCAAUACACAAUGAAGAUUUUCCAGCAUUACCAGGCUCCAGCUAUAAAGAUCCAACAUCAAGUAAUGAUGACAGUAAAUCUAAUUUGAAUACAUCUGGCAAGACAACUUCAAGUACAGAUGGACCCAAAUUCCCUGGAGAUAAAAGUUCAACAACACAAAAUAAUAACCAGCAGAAAAAAGGGAUCCAGGUGUUACCUGAUGGUCGGGUUACUAACAUUCCUCAAGGGAUGGUGACGGACCAAUUUGGAAUGAUUGGCCUGUUAACAUUUAUCAGGGCAGCAGAGACAGACCCAGGAAUGGUACAUCUUGCAUUAGGAAGUGACUUAACAACAUUAGGCCUCAAUCUGAACUCUCCUGAAAAUCUCUACCCCAAAUUUGCGUCACCCUGGGCAUCUUCACCUUGUCGACCUCAAGACAUAGACUUCCAUGUUCCAUCUGAGUACUUAACGAACAUUCACAUUAGGGAUAAGCUGGCUGCAAUAAAACUUGGCCGAUAUGGUGAAGACCUUCUCUUCUAUCUCUAUUACAUGAACGGAGGAGACGUAUUACAACUUUUAGCUGCAGUGGAGCUUUUUAACCGUGAUUGGAGAUACCACAAAGAAGAACGAGUAUGGAUUACCAGGGCACCAGGCAUGGAGCCAACAAUGAAAACCAAUACCUAUGAGAGGGGAACAUAUUACUUCUUUGACUGUCUUAACUGGAGGAAAGUAGCUAAGGAGUUCCAUCUGGAAUAUGACAAAUUAGAAGAACGGCCUCACCUGCCAUCCACCUUCAACUACAACCCUGCUCAGCAAGCCUUCUAAAAAAAAAAAAAAAAAAGACUUCCCUUUUCUUGGGGUAUGGCUGUCUCAGCACAAUACUCAACAUAACUGCAGAACUGAUGUGGCUCAGGCACCCUGGUUUUAAUUCCUUGAGGAUCUGGCAAUUGGCUUACGCAAAGGGUCACCAUUUGAGGUCCUGCCUUACUAAUUAUGUGCUGCCCAACAACUAAAUUUGUAAUUUGUUUUUCUCUAGUUUGAGCAGGGUCUGAAUUUUUUCAUUUAUUUCCUUUUUUGCCAGCAGACAGACUUGAGUCUGUAAAGACAAGCAAAUACACUGACAGAAGUUUACCAUAGUUUCUAAAAUGUAAAAAAGAAAACCCACAAAAGACUCAAGAAAAUUAGACCACAAAUUUUGCAUUGUUCAUUGUAGCACUAUUGGUAAUAAAAUAACAAAUGUUUGUGCAUUUUUAUGUGAAGAUCCUUCUCGUAUUUCAUUUGGAAAGAUGAGCAAGAGGUCUGCUUCCUUCAUUUUACUUCCCCUUCUGUUUUUGAAAGGCAGUUUCGCCAAGCUUAAUGCAAGAAUAUCUGACUGUUUAGAAGAAAGAUAUUGCCACAAUCUCUGGAUGGUUUUCCAGGGUUGUGUUAUUACUGAGCUUCAUCUUUCCAGAAUGAGCAAAACACUGUCCAGUCUUUGUUACGAUUUUGUAAUAAAUGUGUACAUUUUUUUUAAAUUUUUGGACAUCACAUGAAUAAAGGUAUGUAUGUACGAAUGUGUAUAUAUUAUAUAUAUGACAUCUAUUUUGGAAAAUGUUUGCCCUGCUGUACCUCAUUUUUAGGAGGUGUGCAUGGAUGCAAUAUAUGAAAAUGGGACAUUCUGGAACUGCUGGUCAGGGGACUUUGUCGCCCUGUGCACUAAAAGGGCCAGAUUUUCAGCAGCCAAGGACAUCCAUACCCAAGUGAAUGUGAUGGGACUUAAAAGAAGUGAACUGAGACAAUUCACUCUGGCUGUUUGAACAGCAGCGUUUCAUAGGAAGAGAAAAAAGAUCAAUCUUGUAUUUUCUGACCACAUAAAGGCUUCUUCUCUUUGUAAUAAAGUAGAAAAGCUCUCCUCA